AUGACCCCAACUCCACGAAUCAGCGAAACAAUCGCACAAGACCACGCCGAGAUCAAAGCUAUUUACGACCGUAUCGUAUCAUCGACCUCGCGCGACGAGCAGAUCCGCUACCAGAACCUCUUCGUCUGGGAACUCGCCCGUCACGCUGUCGGGGAAGAGCUGGUCGUAUAUCCCGCCUUCGAGAAACAUGUACAGUUCGUGGGCGCUGGUCUCGCGUCAAAGGAUCGCGAGGAGCAUCAAGCCGUAAUGGACCCCUCUUCCAGAUUUGCGCAUCCUCCUCUCUUGAUAGCAGUGAAAGAGCAGCUCAAAACCUUCCAGUCCCUUGAUCCCUCCAACCCCAACUUCAUUCCGACGCUGCAAGGCCUGAUGAACGAUCUGUCGUCACACAUGCGAGAGGAAGAGGGCGAGGAUAUGCCGAUGCUAGAGGAGACGCUUUCGGAGCACGACAGCCAGAGCCUGAGCAAGGCGUUUAAUCGGACGAAGAUCUUUGUGCCGUCGCGUGCACACCCCGGGGCGCCCAACAAGCCGCCUUUUGAGACAGCGGUAGGACUUUUGACUGCGCCGUUUGAUCAGGUAGCGGACUUGUUUCGCAAGUGGCCGAGGAAGGGAGUUGAGGUUUGA